AAAUGAAUCUGUCACAGAGUGAAGCACUUGGUGUUGGUGGAACCGUGGGGGUUUAUGGCAAGACCGAAUGCUCAGGAGCGCUGGAUUCCUGUUUGGAUUAAAGCCAUUGGUGCUGUAAUGAACCCAUUAAAACCUCUUACUCUUCUCAGGCUGGCAGGCCCACUGGGUCCUUUUUUGAUACAGGCAAUGCGAUCAGAUUUUAAGCAGAAAUAUGCUUCUGUUUUUGAAGAUGAUACAAUUGCUGAUUACAUAUACCAUACGAAUGCACAGACGCCCAGUGGAGAGACAGCAUUUAAAAACUUUACAAUCCCAUACGGUUGGCCCCAGCUUCCCAUGAUGGAACGGGCAGGGAUGAUCAGUCCCUCGCUUCCCAUGUCUUUUAUCUACGGAUCACGUUCAAGCAUCGACGGCCAAUCAGGAAAAGAUAUUCAAGAGCUCAGACCCAACUCAUACACAGAAAUUAUAGUCAUUCAGGGUGCAGGUCACUAAGUAUUUGCAGACCAAUCAGAGGAAUUUAACCAGGCUGUGAUCAAGAUAUGUAACAAUGUCAGAGAUAUAAACAAUGGAGAAGAAGAUAAGAAAAAGGACAACAUGAAUGAGUCAUAAGAGAUAUCUGAAGUUACAGAAGAGAAGUGGCUUACAGUUUUUUCCAAUUGCUAACACACAAUUUUGCAAACUAGUCUGGUUUUAUCAAAAAAACUUAAACACAAUUUACAAAACCACACACGCAAAUAGCAAAAUACCACAUAUAUCCUGCAAAAUGAAGCACUCCAACCUAAACUACAUAUAAAAUUAUCAAAAUCAAACUUUGACACAAAUUGGAGCACUUCAUUCAUAUUACCAGAUUUUUGUCUAACCAA